AGGAGGCGCUACACAGAAAGGCUGCAGACACCGCCUCCACCUUUGAUUCUCUUUCUCACGAUUGGGCAACAAAAGCGUUUGUAGCUGCAGCAAACAUGCUGCGAUGCUGCGGUCGACGCAUGGCAAAGCCAAAGGUGGCACCGCGGCGGUCGACAAUUCACGCGGUGAGCAGCGAGAAGAAGGGCAAGGACCGCUUUGACCUCUUCAACGCACUGCAGAAGGAUCGGCAACGCAUUGAGCGCAACCGCACACUCCCGUGGAAGGAGCGACUGGGUCAGCUGCGAGUGUACCCGUGGAAGAUGUUUAUCGUGUUUAUGGUGCUGUGGUCCUGGCUGGGAACCUACGCGGUGCCGUACCUCAAGGGAAUGAAGGCCGGCCAGCUGCCCUCCAUCGGUGACGGUAAGCAGCUCCCCGCCGAGGUACUAGAGAAGGCGAUGCCCACGCCGAGCUUUGCGCACCUUAAGGAUCGCUGA